CGCACUCUCUGUGAAGGGACGGGAUGUGUGGGGCCAUCGAAAGUGGUCUGCGUCACGUCGGCAUGAACAUUUGACCGACCCCUCACAACAUCACCUCACAUCAACAACCAAUUUGACGGCACCUAAGUGCUCAAACACAAGAGCAGCAGCAGCAACCAACAUGGCUCAAAUCGACACCUCCCUCCUCCCGACCCCCACCGGCGCCGCUGCCCGAUUGGCCGAAUCACACUCCAGGGACCACCCGCUCAAGCUCUACGGCGGCUGGUUCUGCCCGUUUGUCCAGCGCGCCUGGAUCGUGCUCGUCGAGAAGAAUAUUCCCCACCAGUACAUUGAGAUAAACCCUUACAAAAAGGAGAAACACUUUCUCGACUUGAAUCCCCGUGGACUGGUCCCCACCCUAUCUAUCGACUCACCCUCCGCGGGCACCGCCGGCGGGAAUAGAAAGCAGAGGGCGCUGUACGAGAGCACCGUCAUUUGCGAGUAUCUCGACGAGGCGUACGCUGAUGAGGCCAGGUAUGGCUCGCGGCUGUUGCCCGCCGGGGACGGGGAGGAGGAGGUGUAUCAGCGCGCGAGGUGCAGGUUGUGGGUGAAUCACGUCGUGACGAGGGUCGUGCCGGGUUUCUAUCGGCUUUUGCAGCACACGCCGGAUAAGGGGUACUCGAUCGAAGAGGCGAGGGAGGGAUUUUUAAAGGGGUUAAAGGAUUUCGCCAAGGAGAUGCUGGAUUCCCGGAGUGGCCAGGACGGCCCGUGGUUCCUGGGGGAGAGGUUCAGUCUCGUGGAUGUCAUGCUUGCGCCAUGGGCGAAGAGGUUGUUUUUGAUUGAAUAUUAUAAACUUGGGGGAGUGGGCAUCCCGAAAAAGGGUGAGCGGGGCGAGGAUGAGGAGGUGUGGGCGAGGUGGGACCGUUGGUUUGAUGCGGUAGUGGAAAGGGAGAGCGUCAAAGCGACGUGGAGUGAGGAAGACAAGUAUAUUGAGGCGUACAAGCGAUAUGCGGAGGACGCGACGCAGUCAGAGGUGGGACAGGCCACGAGGCAGGGGCGGAGUUUGCCUUAACCUUUACGGCACAUCAGAAGUACAGUACCUGUAGGGCAGGCGUAGCUAGCAAUCAAACACAAGAGAGGCUCGAAAAGGCUAUCCCUGGGCAGUAGUGAUUUGGCCUAUGAUGAUACCGCCCUCGCUGGGAGGAGCCUUGGCGAUAUGGAUGACAUUAGUGGGUGCUUGUGCGCGAGUUUUAAGUUGUAUUAGCCAGGCAUGCAACCAGGCAAUGAUUCAUGCCUUGUAUACCUGUUUCUUAGUAGUAAU